AUGCUAAAUAUAAAUAUAUGCACAGGAGAUGAAUUUACCAUUACUGAUACAGUGUUUUUGGACAUCACAAGUGACAAAAUGGACUAUGGUACUGUAGUCAUUGGACUUUUUGGUGACAAAGUACCAAAAACAGUAAAAAAUUUCAAAACUAUUAUUACUAAAGGAAUUGAUGGCAAAACCUAUGUGGGGACUCAAAUAUUUAGAGUGGUUAAAAAAUUUAUUAUUCAAGGUGGUGAUUUGGUUUAUAACAAUGGAAGUGGAUCAGUGAGUAUAUAUGGAAAAUAUUUCAAAGAUGAAAGUUUUAAUAUUUCUCAUAAAGAACCAGGACUGGUGGGCAUGGCAAAUAAAGGAAAAAACACAAAUGGAUGUCAAUUCUACAUAACAACAGCCCCUGCACCAUGGUUAGAUGGAAAUCAUGUGAUUUUUGGAAAAGUUUUGAAAGGGCAAAGGGUUAUUCAUGCCAUUGAAAGGGCACCAACAAAUAAUUUGGACACACCAAUUUUUAAUAUAACUAUAAAAAAUGUUGGAGUCUUGGACCUAAAGAAGCCCUAUUCUUUCUCAAGUGAACAUUAUGAUUUAUGGGAUUGGCUGUCUGCAUCUGCAGUUCCUUUAACAUUAUCUUUUUCGAUUUUAGGAAUAUUUCAAUGCAUGAUAUCUAAACUACAUUGUUAA